UUUUUCCAAUCCAAACUUCUCUCUCCUCUGAUUAUUUUCCCUUGAAAAAUUUAGUUGCCACUUCUAAGUUUGCAGUAAUCAUUUCAUUAGGCUAUAAAAGUUUGCAAUGGGCUGGAGGGAUAUGAUCUCUUUCUGUCCCACUCCGAAUUUCCGGAAUAUGUUCCAGGGUAGACAAGAUGAGGCCGAGCUUAGAUGUGGACACACCAUUAAGUCUCAUGGGGCCGAGCUCGCAAGGAAUCACAAGCACGACUGGCUUAUACUGUUACUGCUUCUUGUAAUAGAGAUCAUUCUCAAUAUAAUCCACCCAUUUUACCGUUUUGUUGGAAAGGACAUGAUGACAGAUCUUAAAUAUCCCAUGAAAGACAACACUGUGCCAAUGUGGGCUGUUCCACUGUAUGCAGUUUUGCUACCGAUUGCCAUUUUUCUUCUCUUCUACAUUCGGAGAAAAGAUGUCUAUGAUCUGCACCAUGGUAUACUAGGACUCUUAUUUGCUGUGCUAAUUACUGCGAUCCUCACAGAUGCAAUAAAAGAUGCAGUUGGCCGACCUCGGCCCGACUUUUUCUGGCGUUGCUUUCCUGAUGGGAAAGAUGAGUACGAUCGUUGGGGCAAUGUGGUGUGCCACGGGAAAGAGAGUGAUAUAAAGGAAGGACACAAGAGUUUUCCUAGUGGUCAUACUUCAUGGUCAUUUGCAGGCCUUGGGUUUCUGUCACUGUACUUAUCUGGAAAAAUGAAAGCAUUCGACCGCAGCGGGCAUGUUGCAAAAUUAUGCAUCGUUUUCUUGCCUAUUCUUUCUGCAUGUCUAGUUGGUGUUUCUCGUGUGGAUGAUUAUUGGCAUCAUUGGCAAGACGUGUUUGCUGGUGGCGUUCUAGGUCUCGUGGUGGCUACAUUUUGUUACCUGCAGUUUUUCCCACCUCCGUACCACACUGAAGGAUGGGGUCCUUAUGCAUAUUUCCGAGCGCUGGAGCAAAUCAACAAUUCCAACUCGCAACCUGUAAAUGUUGUUGGCAUGGCAGUGCAGGUAGUGAAUCAACCAAACAGCAAUGUAGAUGAUCAGAUUUUGAGCUCAACAUAUGAUGCCAUGGAGUCUGGAAAAACGUAGAUAAGAAAUAGUUUUAUCAUUUUUGUUGAAUUCUCUGUAUAUUAAAGAUAAUCUUUCUCAUAAGAUGUACUUUAGAAUAAUAACCACUCUAAAUCAAUAAAAAUCUCAACCUGGACUUGGGCCAGUGUGAAAAGUUAACCACCA